UUGGCCUCGGAAAGACCUGGGCUGUGUGGGCCAGGCCGCGGACGGCGGCGGUGGGGGCUCCUUUCACCAACUGAGGGCCGCGCGAUGGGAGACGAAAUGGAUGCCGUGAUCCCUGAGCGGGAGAUGAAGGAUUUUCAGUUUAGAGCACUGAAGAAAGUGAGAAUCUUUGAUUCUCCUGAGGAGUUGCCCAAGGAACGCUCGAGUCUGCUUUCUGUGUCCAACAAAUACGGCCUGGUCUUUGCUGGUGGAGCCAGUGGAUUGCACGUUUUUUCUACUAAAAAUCUUCUUAUUCAGAAUAAACCUGGAGAUGAUCCUAAUAAAAUAGUUGAUAAAGUUCAAAGCUUGCUGGUUCCUAUGAAAUUCCCAAUACAUCACCUGGCCUUGAGCUGUGAUAACCUCACACUGUCCGUGUGCAUGAUGUCCAGUGAAUAUGGUUCUAUUAUUGCUUUUUUUGAUGUUCGCACAUUCUCAAAUGAGGCUAAACAGCAGAAGCGUCCGUUUGCAUAUCAUAAGCUCUUAAAAGAUGCAGGAGGCUUGGUGAUUGACAUGAAGUGGAACCCUACAGUCUCCUCCAUGGUGGCAGUUUGUCUGGCUGACGGCAGCAUUGCAGUCCUACAAGUCACAGAGACAGUGAAAGUGUGUGCGACCCUUCCUUCCACAGUAGGAGUAACGUCUGUGUGCUGGAGCCCCAAAGGAAAGCAGCUGGCUGUGGGGAAACAGAAUGGAACUGUGGUCCAGUAUCUUCCUACUUUGCAGGAAAAGAAAGUCAUUCCUUGUCCUCCAUUUUAUGAGGCAGACCAUCCCGUCAGAGUUCUGGACGUUCUGUGGAUCGGCACAUAUGAAUUCACCAUAGUGUAUGCCGCGGCGGAUGGGACCUUGGAAACGGCUCCAGAUGUGGUGAUGGCUCUGCUCCCGAAAAAAGAGGAAAAGCACCCUGAGGUGUUUAUGAACUUCAUGGAGCCCUGCUAUGGCAGCUGUACCGAGAGGCAGCAUCAUUACUACCUCAGCUUCGUUGAAGAGUGGGAUUUAGUGCUGGCAGCAUCCGCAGCUUCCACAGAAGUCAGCAUCCUCGCGCGACAAAGCAGCCAGAAUAGCUGGGAAUCUUGGCUGCUGGAGGAUUCUAGUCGAGCUGAACUGCCUGUGACAGACAAGAGUGAUGAUUCCUUGCCCAUGGGAGUUGCCAUAGAUUACACUAACCAAGUGGAAAUUACCAUCAAUGAGGAGAAGACUCUUCCACCUGCUCCAGUGCUUAUGUUACUUUCAACAGAUGGUGUGCUUUGUCCUUUUUACAUGAUCAAUCAAAAUCCUGGCGUAAGGUCCCUCCUCAGGACACCAGAGCGGCUCUCGUUGGAAGGAGAGCGGCAACCCAAGUCAUCAGGAAGUAUUCCUACUACCCCCACCUCCCCGCAGGCCCCGCAGAAGCCUGAUGUACCAGCUGCCGCGGCGCCUGCCUCUAUUCUACCUUCAUCACAGGCUGCCCCCACCUCCACCUUCUCUCUGCCUUCUGCUGUGUUCUCCUUUGGUUCUUCAUCUUUGAAGUCCUCUGGUUCUGUCCCUGGGGAGGCUCCUCCGAGUUCCAGUGGCUCUGACGGUGCCAAAGCAGCCCUGGCCUCUGGCGCAUCGCCCUUCUCUUUUGCUCCUCCUUCUCAAGCCUCCCUCGCGCCCACGCCUGUGGCCUCUCCCAUGACCCCCUCAGCUGCUUCAUUCUCCUUUGGAUCAUCGGGUUUUAAGCCUGCCCUGGAAAGCACGCCAAUGCCAAGUGUGUCAGCUCCAAAUAUGGGAAUGAAGCCCACCUUCCCACCGUCAGCUCCUGCAGUCAAGGUCAACCUUAGCGAAAAGUUCACGGCUGCAGCCACCUCGGCUCCUGUUCACAGCUCACAGAGCACAGCCUCGAUGCUGCCCUUCUCCUCGGCCUCCAAGCCAGCUUCCUCUGGACCUCUCAGCCACCCCACACCCCUCUCGGCAUCAUCCAGUUCCUUGCCAUCCAAGUCCUCAGUCACUCCAUCGGCAUCAGGGAGAGCUGCUCAGGGCAGUCCAAGUCCGGUGCCCUCAAUGGUCCAGAAAUCACCUAGGAUAACCCCUCCAGUGACUAAGUCAGGCUCUCCUCAGCCAAAAUCACUUCAGCCUCCUGUUACAGAAAAGCAGGGACACCAGUGGAAAGAGUCAGAUCCUGUGAUGGCUGGAAUUGGGGAGGAGAUCGCUCACUUUCAGAAGGAGCUGGAAGAGUUGAAAGCCCGAACGUCCAAAGCCUGUUUCCAGGUGGGCACAUCUGAGGAGAUGAAGAUGCUGCGAACAGAAUCAGAUGACCUACACACCUUUCUCUUGGAGAUUAAAGAGACCACAGAGUCUCUUCAUGGAGAUAUAAGUACCCUGAAGACAACUUUACUGGAGGGCUUUGCUGGUGUCGAAGAAGCCAGAGAACAGAAUGAGAGGAACCGUGACUCCGCAUAUCUGCACUUGCUCUACAAGAGGCCGCUGGACCCCAGGAGUGAAGCUCAACUCCAGGAAAUCCGGCGCCUUCAUCAGUAUGUGAAAUUUGCUGUCCAAGAUGUGAAUGAUGUUCUAGACUUGGAGUGGGAUCGGCAUCUGGAACAAAAGAAAAAACAAAAGCGCCUGCUUGUGCCAGAACGAGAGACACUAUUUAAUACUCUUGCCAACAACCAGGAAAUCAUCAACCAACAGAGGAAGAGGCUGAAUCACCUGGUGGAUAGUCUCCAGCAGCUCCGACUUUACAACCAGACCUCCCAUUGGAGCCUUCCCUUGGAUGUUCCCUCCCAGAGCACCACACACAGUUUUGACAGUGACCUUGAAAGCCUGCGCAAUGCUUUGUUGAAAACGACUCUAGAGUCUCACCCCAAACCGUUGCCUAAAGUACCAGCUAAACUGUCCCCCGUGAAACAGGCACAACUGAGAAAUUUCUUGGCCAAGAGGAAGACCCCCCCAGUGAGAUCCACUGCUCCAGCCAGCCUGUCUCGGUCGGCCUUCCUGUCUCAGAGGUAUUAUGAAGACUUGGAUGAAGCCAGCUCAACGUCAUCCAUUUCCCAGUCUCUGGAGAGUGAAGACACACGGACAUCCUGUAAGGAUGACGACGCAGUGGUCCAGGUCCCCCGGCACGCUCCUGUGGUUCGAACACCUUCCAUCCAGCCCAGUCUCUUACCCCAGGCAACUCCUUUUGCUAAAUCUCACCUGAUUCAUGGUUCGCAGGGUAUGAUGGGAACUUCAAUGUCUACACCUGCUAGCAAAAUUAUUCCCCAAGGAGCUGAUAGCACCAUGCUCGCAACAAAAACCGUGAAGCAUGGUGCACCUGGCCCUUCCCACCCCAUCUCUGCCCCCCAGGCGGCCGCUGCAGCAGCACUGAGACGGCAGAUGGCCAGUCAGGCGCCAGCUGUCAGUACGUUGACUGAAUCAACUUUGAAGAAUGUCCCUCAAGUGGUAAAUGUGCAGGAACUGAAGAAUAAUGCUACAGCCCCCUCCGCAACCAUGGGCUCUUCAGUGCCGUGCUCUGCAGCCAAAACGCCUCAUCCGGUGUUGACCCCAGCGGCUGCUAACCAAGCGAAGCAGGGAUCGCUGAUAAAUGCCUUAAAGCCGUCUGGGCCCCCACCAGCACCCAGUCCGUUGUCAUCUGGUGAUAAAGCUUCAGGACCAGUGGCAACCAAGAUAGAAACAGCUGUGACUUCUACCCCGUCUACUGUUGGGCAGUUCAGCAAGCCUUUCUCAUUUUCAUCAGGGACUGGCUUUAAUUUUGGGAUAGUCACACCAACACCAUCUUCUAACUUCACUGCCACGCAAGGUACAGUCUCUGCAUUGACACCCCCCACCAAAGAGCCAAGCCAGCUCGAUGCAUUCUCCUUUGGCGGGGGAGGCAAGCCUUUCUAUGAGACCGUUCCUGAAAGCUUACCUUCCUCAGGGACGAUGACAUCAGCUAGCACAGGAGCGGCUGGUGCCACGCCAGGAGAGUCCGCCCCGCACAGCAGCAGACCCGCAGCCCCUUCUGGAAUCUCUCUCUCCACCCCUCCUAGCAAGCUGGAGGCGCCACCAUCCAAGCUGGGCGAGCUGCUGUUCCCAAGCUCCCUGGCGGGAGAGACUCUGGGAAGUUUCUCAGGACUGCGGGUCGGCCAAGCAGACGAGCCCACCAAGCCAGCCAGCAAGGCAUUGUCCCCAGGUGUGACCAGUGCCAAUGCACAGCCCACCAAGACCCCCACCGCCCCCUCCGGGUUCGGUUCUCCCAGCCCUGCGGUGCUGGGGAAGCCCGCAGAGCCCCCCGAGACCACCUCUGCGGCCACCUCGGCAGCGGCACCAACAGCAGCAGCCAGCCCCAGCCCCAGCAGCUCCUCAACGGGCGUCUUUGGCAACCUGCCACUCACCAGUGCGGGCUCCUCUGGGGCUAUCAGUUUUGGGGGCCUGUUUUUCAGUGGUAGCAAGACCAGCUUUUCAUUCGGAGGCCAACCGACAAGCAGCACAGCACCCUCCUCCUCCCCGGCGUCCACUGCCACGCCCCUGCCCACGUCACUCCCCACCUUGUCGUUUGGCAGCCCCCUGAGCUCAGGGUCUGCCCCCACCCUGCCCACGGGCUCUGGUAAAAGCUCAGAAGCAGCUGUGUCAUUGGCUCUGCCCGAGAAGCCAGGCAGUAAUGAGGCCUCGACAUCAACUGCCUCCCUCCUGGGGCAGCAGCCACCAACCCCGCUUCCCCAGGCUCCGCUUCAAACUCCCGACUCUGGGAAGAAAGAGCCUGCUCUCACCCAGCCUGCCAUCAGCAGCCCUAGCACUGAAGCGGCCAGUACCAGUGUCCUGGUGCCUGCAGCUGAGGCUGCUCCAGCAGCCCCUGGGGUCCCAGACAUCAAGACGGAAGCGCCGUCCCCAGGCCCCACCGUCUCUGUGCCUGGGCCAGCCACCAUCUCGGCACCUGGAUCCUCAAGCACCAUCCCUGUGGCCCCAGAAACAUCCAGACCUGCCACCACCUCCAGUGGUGUUUGCAGCGCUGCUCCAGGCCCAGCCACGGAGACCCCAGUGUUUGGGAUGGCCACUUCUGACUCCUCUGUCUUCACUCAGCCUCCCGCUGCCAGUUCCAGCUCGGCUUUCAGCCAGCUCAGCAGCCACACAGCCAGCGCCCCCUCAGCGACCCCCAUGUUUGGGCAGGUGGCCGCCAGCACCGCCCCCAGCCUGUUUGGGCAGCAGACGGGCAGCAUGGCCAGCACAGCGGCCGCCGCGCCACAGGUCAGCAGCUCGGGGUUCGGCAGCCCUGCCUUUGGCACCUCCACCCCAGGGGUCUUCGGACAGCCGGGUUUUGGGCAGGCCCCGGCCUUCGGGCAGUCAACCAGCAGCCCCGCAAGCAGCUUUUCCUUCAGUCAGCCUGGGUUCAGCUCUGUGCCUGCUUUUGGUCAGUCCGUGUCCUCCACCCCUACAUCCACCAGCGGGAAUGUCUUCGGUGCCUCUUCGAGCACCAGUAGCUCCAGCUCCUUCUCAUUUGGACAGUCGUCUACCAACAACGGAGGUGGGCUCUUUGGCCAGAACAACCCUCCUGCUUUUGGUCAGAGUCCUGGCUUUGGGCAGGGAGGCUCCGUGUUUGGUGGCACCUCGGCUGCCACCACAACAGCGUCAUCCUCUGGCUUUAGCUUCUGUCAAGCUUCAGGUUUUGGGUCUAGCAAUACUGGCUCUUUGUUCGGUCAAGCAGCCAGUACCAGUGGAGCAGUCUUCGGCCAGCAGUCGUCCUCUUCCAGCGGCAGCGUGUUUGGGUCUGGAAACGCUGGAAGAGGGGGAGGCUUCUUCAGCGGCCUCGGAGGAAAACCCAGCCAGGAUGCAGCCAACAAAAACCCAUUCAGCUCGGCCAGCGGGGGCUUUGGGUCCACAGCUACCCCAAAUACAUCUAACCUGUUCGGAAACAGUGGAGCCAAGACAUUCGGCGGAUUUGCCAGCUCAUCAUUUGGAGACCAGAAGCCUGCUGGCACUUUCAGCUCUGGAGGAGGAAGCGUGGCCUCCCAAGGCUUUGGGUUUUCCACUCCGAAUAAAACAGGUGGCUUCGGUGCUGCUCCAGUGUUUGGCAGCCCUCCUACUUUUGGGGGAUCCCCUGGGUUUGGAGGGGUGCCAGCAUUCGGUUCAGCCCCAGCCUUUACAAGCCCUCUGGGCUCGACGGGAGGCAAAGUGUUCGGAGAGGGCACUGCUGCCGCCAGCGCGGGAGGAUUCGGGUUCGGGAGCAGCAGCAACACCACGUCGUUUGGCACCCUCGCCAGCCAGAACGCACCGACUUUCGGAUCGCUGUCCCAGCAGUCUGCUGGGUUUGGGAGCCAGAGCGGCGGAUUCUCAGGCUUCGGAUCAGGCGGAGGAGGAUUCGCCUUUGGAUCUUCUAACUCGUCUGUCCAGGGCUUUGGUGGCUGGAGAAGCUGAGUGGGUGUUGGCACUCCUUUCCAUCCCUGUGACCCGGUGCAUUCUCAGCUCCCCUUCUCUGAGAAACUGCAGCAGUCCUCUGAACUGGAUGCUCUCAUUGAAAUACACCACCCCCUGAAAGAAACAGCAG